CGUGCUUUACACCGACGUUUAUUGCCGAUCACCAUUAGCCCGUAACUUUUUCGCGGGCGUCGAGUCUCUCUCGUUACGCAACUGCAUCGUCGCCGGGAAUAUACGAUCGCCGACGCGUCUGUGAUCGCGCGCUCAUAAUUUCGGUAAAGCGCCGAGACUGCGGGGAGUCAAGGUCACAUUUCGAGACCAUCAGCUGAUGGAAACGGAGCCGUGGGCGUAGCGUCGACAUCUGUGAAACUACCCGGACAUUUCAUUGAUAACGAGGUGUUUUUUCCGAAAUUACCAAAUGAAUCCGCGCCAAUUUGCCAUGAUCGAAUUAUCAUUACCCGCAAUCAACCGCCGCGCAGCGAACAGUUGAUCUCAAGAUGUCACGAUAGCGAACUAUCGGAUAAUCGCGAGGGACACGUGGGUGUCUAAUAUAUACCUACGCUCGAUCUGCUGCGGACACGACUACGUCGGCGUCAGCAUCUAGCUUUCGAGUUACUCGCAUGAGAAUUCUCCUUCUGGCACCGCUGAUGAGAAAUCCAGCCACUUACUCACGGAUUUAUGCUCGGACAGAAGACUCGGCCGCGACAAGUGUGUUCAUUGUGGGAUUUCACUUUUUUUCCCCUCUCCUUUCCACGCGACGUCCCACGGAAUUUAGAGUUCGGUUUCACGGCAAAAAGCCGCAGUUUGUGAGAUAUUGUCCGCUCUAAGUGUACCGUGCCGUGAAAAACAAAGCUCGUGGGAAAGGGAAGUCAACGGCGAUCUUGAUGACAGCUUUCGAAGUAUCGUUUGUUCACACGUCGGCUUGAACAAACGCUGCUCAAACUGAUUCAACUCGUUUUUCGAUAUGUAAAAUAUUGUGCCCCCCUUGAUGCGCCAGUGAAAAUAUGACGGGCGAUACAUAUUUAAUCGAGCAAAAGAAGAACCGACCCGCGAAGCCACCGCAAAGCGAGAAACGGCGGUUUCCGCGCGGUCGUUGCCGUCUUCGGCAGACCGCUCGGCACCGCUCGAGGGACGUCUCGUGUUUCAGGGAAUCCCUCUUCCUGUGCGAAGUGGCCGGCGGGUCUCUCGCGAGUCGCUCUUUCGGCGUUCAGGCUCGAAGGGGCGCGAGAGAGGAAGCCAAACAAUACCGAUGACUAAUGGAGACGCGCGACCCUUGAGGAGGAGUCGAAACACCGGCCGGGGUCCACUCGCUCUCUCGCUCCUGCGUGUUUUCUUAGGUGGGCCCCCACCCGAGAUUGACUUACGCUCCUCGUGACGGAGUAAUGGCCAUCCUGAAUCAAUGAAACGCCGGCGACGAAUUUGUGAAUGAAUCGGCUCGACAAGGAAAACAACCCUGUCUUCCACGGCCGGCCGUAUCCUUCCUCACCCUAGGGGGCGGUUUCCGUCGGUAGCGCGAGAUCGUGCCUGCGAUUGACGUUGAAUCGAUUCUUCAUCAGGACGAUCCGUGUAAAUCAGGGAGAGAGCGAAAAUUCCGUCGUCUCAGUCGUGAGAAAGAGAAUAAGAUACAAACUCGAUGAACGAAUGUACGAAAUCUCCAAGUGACCGAAGCGAAUGAUUUCUUCCUUUCUAACAUAGCAUGACACGCUUCCCGAAGUCGGAAGUUAGUGUCGUAUUUCAAAGUGGAAGGAAUAUGGAUCACGUUUUGACCCAUGAUUGCCGGGGUGAGAUGCGGUUGGAUUUGUCCCAACGCAAACAAACACCUCGAUGCAAUUCAAAUUACUCGAAUGUUACAAUAAGCACGUGCCGCGCGCUAAAAAUAGCUCUCUCAGCGUCGUUGCCCAGACUUUCACUGCAUCGCUGAAAAUCAGCAGUUGCUGAAGAUCGCAAGAAUACAGAGCGAUGCGUUACCCUAUCCUGAAAUUUUAUCUGAAAAUUUAGAAAAAGGAAAAAAACCCGACAGCUCGUAUAUGUGUGUGUAUGUGUGUCACCGUUUCGAAUUCUCUCGCCGACCAGUCGCCUCGGCCGCGAGGAACGACACGUACGGGGAUUGGUCAAAAAGCGGAGGGGAACGCAGAGGAAGAUUCCGAAGCUUCCACGCGGCCCUACUCCCACGACGGCGUUCUCCGUGACGCUCCCCCGGCCCUAUGACGACGCCGUCACACAUGCUCGUUUGACAUUUCCGAGUGGGCGCUAACGCAAUUCGCACCGAGCCGCGCGCGGAGUCAACCCUGCGGUAAUCGUCGAUGUGUAACACAGUGACAAUUGAUAGAUACUUUACGCGCCGUCAGUGGUUCAAGUAUCUCUCGGGUGCAAUUCCGAAGUUUUACUCUAUAGAAAAAAAAACGUAUAUCUGAAGGGACCAUAUCUUAUCGGGUCCCUCUACAGCUCGACAAAUUGUCCACAUUCUUCCGAGUAAGUCCUUGGAUUUUUACUCGCUGCUAGUCGCACGAUGUCGUCGUGGUCGGAAGACACGAUUCCGACCAGUCAUCGGAUAUCCGAUCACUUCGAGUUACCACCGACACCACCGACCCCGUCGUCUCUUCACCCAGAAGGGCAAAACGUGAGAUCGGCAACAGGUUGCGAGGCAUCCUGGUACCACAGGUGGUCCUGGAGCAGCCCGUCGAAUCCUUGCGGCGCGCCAUUCGACGUCGCGACGGACGAGAACGCUCGUUUCCUCACUCCACCUUAUAUUAUGAAUUUCUUUCAAAGCACCGACACCAAUCAAAACUAUCGCACCUGCAGAUGGGAGCAAGUCGCCGCGGAUAGUCGUCCGAUGAUCGAUCAAUCGAAUGAAAAGGAGGGUCCGAGAUCUCCGUGCGUAUCCUGCGAGGAUCUCCCGUACGCGAAUCAAGAUCGCUGCGUAACCACCACGACGAGCGCGGGGACGACAUUUCGCGCUUGGCAAAUGCCUCAUUUGCAGGAUACGAUCAUGGACUGCGAGCACGAGAUCAAGUGUCAAUCCUGGCAGGAUCCGCAGCACAGGGAGAGCUACGCGAGUUUAUUCCGCGAGGAGGAAGCGCGCCCGCAAGAACGAGAGACGACGAAAAGGACAAGCGAGAAGCCGCGGAAGGAGAGAACAGCGUUCACAAAGCAGCAAGUCCGACACCUGGAGUACGAAUUUGCACAGAGCAACUAUCUGACGCGUUUGCGGCGUUACGAGAUCGCCGUGGCAUUGGAUUUAACGGAACGUCAGGUAAAAGUGUGGUUCCAGAACAGACGAAUGAAAUGGAAACGGACGAAAGGCGGCAUGGCUAAUGUGCAGGAUGCGACUAUCGCGUCGUGACGUAUCUCUCUCGCAAUUGCGACGAAAAUUCAGUACACAGCAUCGGGAUACGAUUGUACAUAACGAUUUGCGCGGACACGAAACGCUGUCUAAACUAGAUCAGCACGGUUAGAAGCUUUAAAAGUUUGUGUACAAUACUUAGUGUUAUAGGAAAUUAAGGAAAUAAAAACGAAGUAUUUGUCGCAUUGGACAAAUUACCGUUCUUUAUUCCGCACAAAUAAUCGAUUAUAAAAGUACUUAAUAAAGCAAAGUGAAAUUACUACGAUUGCGGUA